AUGCAGUGCAAUGAGCAACAGCCCUGUCACAAUUGUCUCAAAUAUCAGAGCCAAUGCAUCUAUCAGACGGACCUAGGCCAGAAGCAACGGCAAAGCCCAGUUCGUGGAAAGGAUCCCACACCCACGGCUGAUGCAACCGCCUCCGGUUCCGUCAUUGGUGCCAUGGAACUGCUCGCAGGGCCCUCCUCGCUCUAUGACUUUUCUAGCACAGCGGACCUUGCAUUGCAAGAUCUUGAACUGAUGCAUCACUUCACCACGUCAGUCGCCAGGACGCUGUCCCAUCGCAGCGACAUCCAGGACACGUGGGCUAUAGCUCUUCCCCAACACGCGUACACAUGCGACUACCUUAUGGACGGGCUGCUCGCAUUGUCCGCAUUGCAUAUCAAUUCGGUAAAUAGCGAGCCAAAACGACACGAUUAUGCAGGUCUCUCUACAUAUCAUUUGCAAAGAUCGCUAGUGCGCUUUAGAGAGAACCUCGCCAAUAUCUCAGCCGCGAACUGUGUGCCUUUGUUCGGCCUGUCUUCUCUGAUGGCCAUUCUGGUCUGCGCGCAAUCUGCCAUGGAGAACCCGUCCCAUAGUAGGGAGAGCACACUUUCGCCUCUUGCCAUGCUGGUGAAAAUCUUUAAUAUGUGUCGUGGCGUUGAGACUAUCCUUGCUCCUUAUCGGGGGGAGAUCUAUCAAUGUUCCUUGCGACCUUUGCUUCAUGAGGAUUAUAGACUCGUUAUCAAUAUAUCAAGUGGCCAUCUUCCCAAUCAACCCUCAUCCUCAAACGAAGAACAAACCGAACUUUCAGCCCUAGCCGACUUCAUCAAAACCCAAGACCUCCCGGCCCAAGAGCAAACCAUCUACUUAGACGCUCUAUCAAAAUUAAACACAGCCUUGCGAUUCAUGCGAGUUGCCAAUGAACCACUUGAGCCCGGUGCCGCGUUCGUAUGGCCGAUCCUGUUGCAACGGGAGUUCAUACCUCUCAUGCAGCGACAGGCGCCGCUGGCGUUGGUCCUUACGGCGUUUUAUUGUGUCGUUUUGCAUCGGCUCGACGGGUAUUGGUUUCUGUGCGGUUGGUGCCGUUCGCUCAUUGUUGAGAUCGGGGAUAGCUUGGCUGAGGAGAUGCAGGUGUGGAUCAGGUGGCCGAGGAGGGUUUGUGGGUUGGAAUGUGCUGCGUAA